AUGGCUCCGAUGGCUGAGCAGCUGGAGACAUGGCAAGACACCGAGGGAAAGGAUCGCCAGAGGGCUCUCCUGGGCCAAAUUCUUCUGCCGAGCAGGUACAAUAAGGUGAGCUCGAUGGGGCCUGGGCAAGCCCUGAUGAUGGGCGUCGCCACGAAGCCCCUGAAUACCGUCAUGUAUGGUCCCGACUGUCCAGAGGACUCUCGCCACCGGGUGCUGGUCACGAAGACUGCGCCUCCCGUCCUGCUGCUGGAGCUCAAUGCUGUGGCCACCUUCAACAUGAUGGACCCGGAUACCUCUCAAGACAUCGUCUUUGGCAUGGAUGCCGUCAAUCAGCUGAUGAAGAAUCCAAAGGCUCUGAAUGGUCGGCCUCUCGCCUACGUCAUCCAGGGCUCUGGUCCGCACUUCUGUCCAGGCGGCAAUCCCAAUCCGAAGCUCUACCCGGGGCACAUUCCGUUGACAGUCAACCAGUAUGCGGGUUAUUUGCCUUUCAUCAGAUGCCGAGAGAUGGCCCUUCCGGGCAUCUGUGCUUUGCACGGUUCACUAGUUGGCGGUGGUGUGGCCUACUCUCUCAACAACCCUGUCCGCUUCGCAGAUAGCAAGGCUUCGGCAUGCUUUGGAAAUCUGAGUCGUGGAGCUGUACCUGGUAUGGUGCUCUCGUCCAACAUCCCGCAGGCACUCGGGCUUCAUGGGGCCUUGGACAUCUACCUGACGGACAACACCUACAGCACAUAUGCUUGCGUCAAAGCUGGGUAUCUCCAUGGUGUCCAGGGCAGCAUUGCUGGGGUUAAGCAAGAGGCACUCAAGCAGGCCAGACGCCUUGGGCAAGCACCCUUCGGCCAGCGUAUCGUAGGCAUCAAGCCUGAGCUGGACGUGGAACGCUUCGGCUUGGAGGCGUGGGCCAUUGACUUGGGAGCACGGACGGAAGGAGUCUUCCGGAACGUUGGUGCAAAGAGCCCCAAAGAGAUGGAAGCUGAAGAGAAAGCCAAGGAGCGGGAAGCCAAGUUGGCGGCCGAGGGUGACAAAAAGCAGGAGGAUUGGAACGAGUGGCGCAGGAGGCAGAUCCAGCCAAAGAAGCGCCCAAAGCGACGCGCACGCCGUCCUGCUGCCCCAGCAGGCUGA